CCAGCCGAAUUGUACAUUCCACAGACUACUGGAAUGGCUAAAGCUGUGUGGGCGGUGUCCCUGCUGCUGCUGGGGAUGUUGGGGGCGUCACAAGCGUCCCGCCUCAGCACCCGCUACGACGAGAACAGCGGAGAGAUCCUGAUAGUGUCCAACGAAGAUGGUCUUGAAAUCCAACUGGCGUACAUCCCAGUAGACAGCACUAGUCGCUCUUCCACACCACGCCAUGUCAGAUAUUUUAAUGGAGAAGUUUUUGACUUUGGUAACAGCAAUAUCACCAUCCAGCGCCAAGACAGAGCUGGCCGUUGCCUCGGUGUCUAUCAGUGGGUGAACACACCCAAGACGGUUCUCAAAAGCUGCCAGAACCACCUCACCAGCCACAUUUACGGCGGUACCGAGUCUACCAAACAGGUUUUUCUGACUGAGCAGAGAAAGUAUGACAACUACGCGUUCGUCACCAACCAGACGCACUAUGCAGGCGUCGCUGCACGCUACUGGCUAUUCUCCGACGGAAGAUUCGUACGCGUCCAUUCCAACGUUCCCCUUUUUAUUGACCAAAACACAGAUCAGUCACCGGAUGCAUUAUGUUUCACGGCCAAGAACCAGAGUCCCUACCCAGAAGACCGACCAGACAACCUCUUACAUUGGGAUAUCUGCUCAUUUGGAAACGCUAGGGAGGCCCACGAAUACGCAGUCCAGAAGUACCUGGGGAAGCCGGCGGGAGUCCCAGACGAGCGCAUGGUCACCCACCCGGUCUGGGCCACACUGGCGCGCUACGACAUCGGCGUCAACGACUCUUUAGUGAGGGACCUGGCCAACGAGAUAAUCGCCAAUGGAUUUAAGAACAGCAACAUCGAAAUAGACGACAUUUGGGAGACCUGCUACGGCAGCCUCACGUUCGACCCAAACCUUUUCCGGGACAUACGGGCUCUCACAGAUGAAUUACACUCUCUGGGCUUCCGCGUGACGCUGUGGGUUCACCCAUUUUUGAACCGAGGCUGCGAGCCGUACUAUUCGGAAGCCGUGGAGAAGGGCUACCUUGUGUCCAACGUGAAUGGCAGCACCAUCACGCGCUGGUACCAUGGAGUCACCGGUGUUGUCGACUUCACCAAUCCUGAGGCAGUGACUUGGUGGACCAAUCGACUGUGGGCGCUUCGCAACGAGUCAGGGAUCGACUCGUUUGAUUUUGGCUAUGGCGAGGUAAGUUUCUUGCCGAAGCCGUCCACCAUAGAACCCAAAGAGUGAAACCCAGUGGCCUUCAGC